AUGCUUACACACUGGCAACGGCAACCGAGCUACUGCCACCUAUCACUGCCCAGCAAUGGCGGAAUUUCCUCUUCGGAUGUUGAAGAUACCACCGCCGUACCGUUGCCUCCGCAGCCUGCCACAAAAGGGAAACAGAAAAAAGUUGGUGCCUCGUCCCGAAAGAAACAUGUCAAGAAAUCGAAUUCGUCCCUGGAGGAGAUCCCCUUUGGAAACACCUUGAUCGAUCGGGUGGUCUUCUAUGAUACGACCAUCCAGUUGGGCACAACACAGGAGCUUGAGCGGGCGUUGACGCCAGAGGUCACUCAGGAGAUUCUCUGGGAACUCUGCCACAUGAGUUUCCGGUUUGAACUCUUGAGCCUAGAUGCUCUCCUUGCUGACACAUUGUACCAUGGCCAGUGGGGUGUUACAGAUGCAGAAGCGGUGAGGUCUCGCUCAGAGCAACUUCUCAGGGUAUUUCCCUUGUCAGGUGAUGUGCUCGGAUCUUUUAUGAUCAAGGAAAUCCCCAAUCGCGACUUGGGUUUGACAUCAUUUGAUCUGGAAGAACGGAACCGUCAUCUUGUGGAGCUUGGGAGGUUGAUGUGUCCAUGGAAGGGUUGCCCAGAUUCAAUUAAGGAUGCUAGCCACCUACUGAUAGAGGCACAUGUUCAGGCACUGGAAGAAGCGUGUACGAGCUUCUACUGCCAGUCUUUCUUUGACAACUUUGGUCGUGCACCCAUCAUCCCUUGUCGCCUUCCUUGUCGUUCUCUUGCACGCCCAGAGCCAGUUAGCUUUGCAGAUUCAGUGAUGUCCGCCCUGCCCUCUUCGUAA